CAAGAAAGGCAAAUAGUAAUGGAGGAGUAUUUCCAAGAGCCAGCAGUUGAAAACAACUUCGAUCGAGAUGACAUUUCAUUGACAAAGUGCAAAUCCCAUUCACCGGAUGAGCUGGAAGAUAAUCCUUCGGGGGGUUUGGACUGUAACAUUUGCCUGGGUUGCGCACGAGAUCCUGUCGUCACGUUCUGUGGCCACCUCUAUUGUUGGCCCUGCAUCUACAAAUGGAUCCAUUUUCAGAGCAUGCCUUCUGAAAAUUGCAACCUCCAACAGCCACAAUGUCCUGUCUGCAAGGCUGAACUAUCUGAAGAAAGUGUAAUUCCUCUCUAUGGUAGGGGACUGGCUACAAAGCCUUCUGAAGCAAAAGCGGGACAACUAGGCAUAGUCAUCCCGCAAAGGCCACCAAGCCCAAAAUGUGGAAGUAUGCUGUCAUUACCCACAACGCCGAAUAUCUCACGUGCAGUUCCACAUCUUCACCGACUAAGUUACACACAACCACCACAAUCUUACCCUCAGUUUUCCAGUGGCACAAUGAGUCCGAACACGUAUCAUCCAUUGGUCACGAUGCUUGGUGAAAUGGUUCUUACUAGGAUGUUUCGGAACCCACAGGCCUAUUCAUACCCAAAUUCAUUUCAUCUGUCAGGUGGUAGCACUCCGAGGAUGAGAAGGCAAGUGAUGCAGGCUGACAAAUCUCUCAGCAGAAUAUGUUUUUUCCUCUGCUGUUCUAUGGUUUUAUGUCUGCUGCUGUUUUGAUACAGUUUUCUCCCAAUCCUCCCAAACGUAUACAUGUAAAAAAAGAAAAUCCACCCCUGUUAUACAAACUCAGCCUAUUAAUGUAGCAAUAGCAAAUCACAGAGUGUGUGCCAUCUCCAAAUCUGAAGCUGCUGAUAUAUACUAUUUGAUCUCAGUUUCUAAGUA